UCGAACCUAAAGGUUAGUGUGGCAACCCCAUACGCUUUGAGUUUUACAUGCAUGAUCAUUAAACAUUUCAGGUUUCAAGUGCAGCAGCCUCUUCCCAACAAACAAGAUAUAUAACAAUCUUUAGGUUCGAUUUCUAUGGCUGCUUCAUUGAAAGAAAUGACUUCUGACUUUGUUAAGUUGGAAAAGUUUGAUGGGGGAAAUUUCAUCCGCUGGCAAAAGAAGAUGAAGUUUCUUCUUACAACAUUGAAAGUGGCAUACGUUCUGAACAUGGCAAGGCCUGAGGAGAAGGAUGAUGAAACCGUUGCUGAGACAAGAGACAGACAGAAAUGGGACAACGAUGAUUACAUCUGCUUAGGACACAUCCUGAAUGGUAUGUCUGACUCUUUGUUCGAUAUCUACCAGAGCAGCCCUUCUGCAAAAGACUUAUGGGACAAAUUGGAAACCAGAUACAUGCGUGAAGAUGCAACAAGUAAGAAAUUCCUUGUCUCUCAUUUUAAUAAUUACAAAAUGGUAGAUCAUAAGUCUGUUAUGGAACAAUUAUAUGAGAUUGAACGUAUUCUUAACAACUACAAACAACAUAACAUGAAUAUGGAUGAAACAAUUAUUGUAUCAUCCAUAAUUGACAAACUUCCUCCUUCUUGGAAAAAUUUCAAACGAACCAUGAAACAUAAGAAGGAAGACAUUUCUCUUGAGCAACUUGGCAAUCACCUUCGUUUAGAAGAAGAAUACCGAAAACAAGAAGGUAUUAAGAAUCAUGUUACUCAAUAG